GGUUGGAAUGCUACCAGGAUGUUUCAAGAGUCCGAUAGAUUUUUCACUUCUCUGGGUCUGCUGUCAAUGCCCAAAGAGUUUUGGGACAAAUCCAUGCUGGUGAAGCCGAGUGAUGGACGGCAGGUUGUGUGUCAUGCUUCUGCGUGGGACUUCUAUAACCGGAAAGACUUCAGGAUAAAACAGUGCACAGUGGUGACCAUGGAUGACCUGAUCACGGUGCACCAUGAGAUGGGCCACGUUCAGUACUUCUUGCAGUACAAAAACCGACCGGUGUCCUUCCGAGACGGAGCCAACCCAGGCUUCCACGAAGCCAUUGGUGACGUUCUUGCCCUGUCGGUGUCCACGCCAAAACAUCUGCAGAGCAUCGGCCUCCUGGACAAAGUUGAGAGCAACUAUGAAAGCGAUAUCAACUUUUUGAUGAGCAUGGCCCUCGACAAGAUUGCUUUCCUGCCUUUUGGCUUCCUGAUGGAUCAGUGGAGGUGGAAGGUUUUUGAUGGACGCAUUCCACACACCGAGUACAAUAAAGAGUGGUGGAACCUGAGAUUAAAGUACCAGGGACUGUGUCCUCCUGUAACUCGCACUGAGGAUGACUUUGACCCAGGCGCAAAGUUCCACAUCCCCGCAAACGUGCCCUACGUCAGGUAUUUUGUUAGUUUUGUUAUCCAGUUUCAGUUCCACAAGGCUCUUUGUGAUGCUGCUAAUCAUGUUGGACCUCUGCACACAUGUGAUAUCUACCAAUCUCAAGCAGCCGGGAAGCUGCUGGGCAAUUUGAUGGAGCUUGGUAACAGCAAGCCUUGGCCUGAAGCCAUGGCACUGAUCACCGGUCAGUCCAAAAUGAACGCCCAGCCCCUCAUGGACUAUUUCAAACCUCUCAUUGACUGGCUGGAGACGGAAAACAAUAAGAACAAUGAUGUUCGUGGGUGGCCCGAAUACGRCUGGAAACCUUACACGUCCAACCAAACAUAUGAAACUAAGAAAGUGGACUUCCUGGGAAUGAGUGUGGAAAGUUCAUCUGCCAUAGCUGGCCAGUGGAUCCUGUUGGUCAUUGGUCUGGUCCUCUUGGUAGCCACCAUCCUACUUGCCUACAAGUACAGGAAGUCAAAAAAGCCUGAAAGGUCCUCAUCUACAUUGGAACUCAGGCAAAAAGACUAGAUGUAAGUGCUGGAUAAAAGGAAAAAGUCUGUCCUGCCUUACUGCAGUUGGCACAAAACCAACCUCAAUGUGAACAAAAAAGAAAAACAUUUCAUGUACUUCAUAAAAUCUUGAUAUAGUAGCUGUUUUGACUUUUCUAAAUCAGUUUGAUCAGUUUUCUUAGUUUUUCUUUUCCACUUUYACUUUUUUAUUUUGACUGUUUUGACUUAUGAAAUGUGAGUCUUUAUGGUGAAGAAAUUCUAUAAUAUGUUAAAUAUUAUGUAAAUCAGUGCAAUUAAAAAAGACAAUGAGGUAUUACAGUUUUAAUGAAACCUCUAUAAAAUGCCUUUUAUACUGAAAUAUCUUGGUAAACUACUUGUUUUUAAAUGGGGAAAAUUUGAUGGCAAUGCUGUGUUAUAGCUGAAAAUGUUGUGUAACUCCAUUAUCCACAUAUUGAUUAUGUAAAAAAUGUGUUCAAUAAGCUUGGUUAGUUGACCAAGCUAUCAUUGAUUUUUAUGAUGUUAAAUGUUUUGACCACUUGGCCAAAAAAAUAGAUGAAAAAAAAAAGUUCAGUUUGACAUUUUACUCCUGGAGCAAGGUCAAUUUUGUCAAGACAAAACGUUUGGUAUUUAAGCUCAACAUAAACCCUCAGAAGAAUAUUCUUUAAAAACAACUAAAUAAUAUAACUAUUCACUUGGUAUUUAGUGCACUGUUUACACCCAUGAUUUCAGUACUAAAACUCAAGAAAACAACAGAUAAAAAAACACUGACCUGAUGGAAGUCUUGUACCCAUUUGAUCAUAUAAGCAAAAUAUUAGAUUUAAACAUUACAAACUUUAAUAAAACUCCUAAACUUGACCAACAAAGAUAAACAUUGCUGUAAAAGUGUCAUUUUAAACAAAAUUCCCACAGGUUUUUGAUAAAAUAAAUAUGUAACUGAGCUAUAGAUUCAGAUUUCAACAGAAAAAAAGAACAAAAGUUAUAUUUUCUUGAUGUGGAUUGACUUUUAUGAGUCUGCCUCUUUUUUGCAGUUUUAAAUACUGUUAAGACUAAAAUUAUUGUUUGCCUAUGCAAAGAAACAUGCCAGUUUUGUAAAUUUAUUUAUAAUAUUUAAAUGUUAAGGGAAUAAAUGUGUAUGUGUGAAAUAAWUGUAAAGUUGUGCAUUGCAUAAGCUUUUUUUAAACUGAUUUUUGUUGAAUUCUGUGUAAUAAAGACGUUGAAUUCUG